AUGCUGCAUGGAGAGAAAAAUUUGAGAUAUUCCUUGAUGCUCUUGAUGAGUAUGCAAGUGGGUAUCUCACAAAAGAGUGGGUUGCUCCGGUCAAGACUGUUGAGGGUGAGCUUGUGUCCCAAGCCUAGGUCAGAAUGGACUGAAGCUGAGGUGUUUGCUGCAUAUUCGAACAAGAAGGCCAGAAAUGCCUUAGUUACAGCUUUGUCUAGCACACAAUUUGCACAUAUACAACACAUCCCUAAUGCUAAACAAGCUUGGGAUAAACUAAGGGUGGUUCAUGAAGGGGAUGACCAAGUUAGAACCCUAAAACUUCAGAUGGUGCUUGCACAAUUUGAAGAACUUAGGAUGUCUGAAUCUGAGUCUAUUUCUGAGUUCUAUGGAAGAGUUGAGAUGAUCACAAAUGAAGCCAUGAGUCUAGGUCAACCCAUUGAAGAGCUUCUUGUUGUUCAGAAAAUUCUUCGUGUUCUACCAUCUAGGUUUAGAGCAAAGAAAACCGCAAUCAUGGAGGUCCAAAAUUUAAAUGAAAUUAAGCUUGGCAAGCUUGUAGGAAAAUUGAAAACCUAUGAGAUGGAAUUGAAUAUGGAAGAAAAUGACUCCAAAAAAUCAAAAAAUGUUGCACUUCAAGGAGUGCAUGUUUCCUCUCUGAAAGGUGGUGAUAAAUCCUCAGGUUUUGAGGAUGAGAUGGCCUUGUUUGUCAAAAAAUUUAGGAGAAUUCUUAAGGAUAAGGGAAAGUUUGCUAGAGAGGGCAGCUCUGGUAGUGAGAAAAAUUUUAGACCAUCAACUGAUCGGUUUAAUGAGAGGAAUAAGGAUGUCAAACCUUUCACGAAAGAUUUUAGAAAAUCUGUCAAGUGCUUCACAUGUGGAGGCAUUGGACACUAUGCUGCUGACUGUGCAAACAAUCAGAAAAAAUACUCCAAAGGAAAGGACAAGGCCAUGAAAGUGAGCUGGAGUGAGAGUGAAAGUGAAGGCUCUCAAGAUGAUUCAUCUUCCUCUGAUGAUGAUGACCAACAUGUUGCCUUUGUUGCCUCUGUACAGCCCAUGUCUGAUGAAUCUGAUUCUGAGUCAGAUGACCUGUCAUACGAGUCAUUAGGAAGAAAAUAUGAUUGUUUGUUUAAAGAGACCUUGUCCUUGAAAGAAGAGAGCCUCAAACUUGAGGCAAAUAAACAAGAUCUUCAACAUGAAAUUCUCAUCUUAAAAGAAACCAAAAAGGAGUUGAGUGACAAAUUUGAGUCUCUAGAAAAAGAAAUUGAUGCUCUUGUGUCAAUUAGGAGUAACCUCGAGAACCAAGUUAAUGUGCUCAAGGAAAGUAACAUUGGUUUCCAGAACUCAAACAAACAGCUCCUAGGUGAAUUGAAUGAAGCAAAUAGGAAGAUUAUAUCUAUGACCAUUGGUGCAUCAAAAAUUGACAAAAUGUUGAAUAUGGGAAAACUUCAUGGGGACAAAGGUGGUCUUGGAUUUAAUCACUUUGGUUCUAGUUUGUCUAGUUCUACCACUAAGUUUGUCAAAUCAGAAAAUCCAGUCACGAUUCCUCUUGAUGUUCAGCAGGUUGUCAAGAAACCUAAGUUUGUUCCAACUUGUCACAGGUGUGGGUUGACUGGUCAUAUUCGACCAGUCUGUCAUAUGUAUAGCAAAGAUAAGACCAGAAAAUUGUCUCCAAAAUCUAAAAGGAAUCCCAGAUCUUUGCAAGAUCAAGUUGAUCAUUUGCUGAAUGAGGUCACUAAGAUAGCCAAACUUGUCUCCCUCAAAAUGAGUUCUCCUAUUGUGCCUAAGUCUACUUGGAUUGCAAGAGGUCAUACCAAAUCUCUUGUUGUGCUAAAUGCUUUUGCUGCUUCAAAUAUCAACUCUUGGUAUUUUGAUAGUGGUUGUUCCAAACAUAUGUCUGGAGAUAAAAAUGUUUUCUCAUCUCUCAGCCCCUUUGAUGGAGGCACUGUGACUUUUGGUGGAGGUCAUAGAUCUCAAGUUGUUGGAAAAGGUACUGUUUGUAUCCCUGGUCUGCCCGAGCUUAAGAAUGUUAGAUUUGUUGAGGGUCUCACAUCCAAUCUCAUUAGUGUGAGUCAGCUGUGUGAUGAUGGAAUAGUAGAAGUCAGAUUCUCCAAGCAUGGCUGCAAAAUCAUUGGAAAAGGUGGAAAUGAGAUUGUGAGCGUGGCAAGGUCUAGGGACAAUUGCUUCUGCAUUGAUGGUGUCAACGAUGCAAAAGAAAUAGUUUGCAACAAGGUUGUAAAUGAAACAAGUAUUUUGUGGCAUCAAAGGCUUGGACAUGUUAAUUUUAGAGACUUGCAUAAAUUGUCCCAAGAGAGAGCUAAACUUGUUCACAUGGACCUUGUUGGUCCUAUUCAAACCGUGUCCCUUGGUGGAAAGAAAUAUAUUCUUGUCAUGGUUGAUGAUUUCUCUAGGUUUACUUGGGUCUCAUUUCUACGUGAGAAAUCUGAAACUUUUCAAAGGUUUAAGUCUGUUUGUCAUCUUUUGCAAAAAGAGAAGAUGACCAGUCAUCUGCCUCUUGUUAGAAUUAGAACAGACCAUGGCUCUGAAUUUGAGAAUUCUCAGUUUCUGAAAUUUUGCGAAGAGAUGGGAAUUAAACAUGAGUUCUCUGCACCUAUUACACCUCAGCAAAAUGGUGUUGUGGAGAGAAAGAAUAGAGUGCUUGUAGAGAUGGCAAGGGUGAUGCUAAAUAGCAAAAAUCUUGCUAAACACUUUUGGGCUGAAGCUGUCAAUACAGCUUGUUACAUCUCAAACAGGGUAUUUGUGAGGUCUGGUACCAAACAAACUCCCUAUGAGAUUUGGAAAGGAAAGAAGCCUAAUGUGUCAUAUUUUAAGGUCUUUGGUAGCACAUGCUAUAUUUUGAGAGAUAGGGAGCAUCUUGCUAAGUUUGAUUCUAAGUGUGAUAAGGGAAUCUUUCUAGGGUAUUCCACUUCUAGCCGAGCCUAUAGAGUGUACAAUUGUAGGUCCAGAACCAUCAUUGAAUCCAUAAAUGUCACUAUUGAUGAUUUUGCUGCCUCUAUAGAGAUGGCAUUAGAUGAGGAUGGUCUUUUUCCUCCUCCUCCACUUGUGCAAGAAUCUCCAGGUCUGGAUCUUGUGGUUGACCUGUCAACUUUUGAAAAUUCUGUCCCGGUUGACCUGUCAACCCCUUCAACUUCUAGUUCCAUCUCCUCUGUCCAGGCUGACAGCUCUCAUACUGAUCAUAGUUCUCUCACUCCAUCUGCGAGUGUCAUUAUUGGCCCUCUUAAUCAAGGAGUGAGAACUAGGAAACAACUUGCUCAAGAAAUUAGCCAUGUGUGUUAUGUUUCCAAGGAAGAGCCUAGAAAUGUGAAAGAAGCCUUGCACCAUGGUGAAUGGUUUCUUGCAAUGCAGGAAGAAUUAAAUCAAUUUGUGAGAAAUGAUGUUUGGUACCUUGUUCCAAGACCAGUCCACACAAAUGUCAUAGGCACUAAGUGGAUUUUCAAGAAUAAAACCGAUGAACAAGGUAAUGUGGUGAGAAAUAAGGCUAGAUUGGUUGCUCAAGGAUACACUCAAAUGGAAGGCAUUGACUUUGAUGAAACUUUUGCCCCUGUUGCACGUUUAGAAUCAGUUAGAUUGCUUCUUGCCAUUGCUUGUCAUUUGAAAUUUAAACUUUAUCAAAUGGAUGUCAAAACUGCCUUCUUGAAUGGUGUCCUAAAUGAAGAGGUCUAUGUUGAGCAGCCAAAGGGUUUUGAAGAUCCACAUCAUCCAAAUGAUGUGUUUCGUUUAAAAAAGGCUCUCUAUGGUUUGAAACAAGCUCCUAGAGCAUGGUAUGAGAGGUUAUCCUCUCAUCUUCUAGGAAAUGGGUAUGUUCGAGGGUCCGUUGAUAAAACAUUGUUUGUGAAAAGGUUUAAAAAGGAUGUCUUGAUUGCUCAAGUGUAUGUUGAUGAUAUUGUGGUUGGUUCUACCUCUGAUUUGCAUGUUCAAGAUUUUAUUCAUGUCAUGACUAGUGAAUUUGAAAUGAGUCUUGUCGGUGAGCUUAAUUAUUUCUUAGGAGCCAAAUCUGCAAGAACUCCAAUGAGCACUAGUGCUAAGAUUCAUAGAGACUUGCAUGGCAAAAGUGUGGAUCAAACUCUCUAUAGAAGCAUGAUAGGAAGUCUUCUCUACUUGACUGCUAGUAGACCUGACAUUUCUUUUAGUGUUGGUGUAUGUGCUCGGUUUCAAAGUGACCCAAAAGAGUCUCACUUGUUUGCUGUUAAGAGAAUUAUAAAAUAUGUGAGUGGGACUAGUGAGUUUGGGUUGUGGUAUACCUAUGACACUUGUGUCAAUCUUGUUGGGUAUAGUGAUGCCGAUUGGGCAGGUUGUAGUGAUGAUAGGAAAAGCACUUCCGGGGGGGUUUUCUAUGUAGGCAACAAUCUUGUUGCUUGGCAUAGCAAAAAACAGAAUUCUGUCUCCUUAUCCACUGCUGAAGCAGAGUAUGUUGCCGCUGGGAGUUGUUGUACUCAACUCCUUUGGAUGCGACAAAUGUUGGAAGACUAUGGUCUUGCUCAAUCAUGUUUUCUAAUCUAUUGUGACAACAUGAGUGCCAUAGAUAUUUCAAAAAAUCCUGUUCAACACUCUAGGACUAAGCAUAUCGACAUUCGGCCCCAUUUUAUUAGAGAUCUUGUGGAAGACAAAAUUUUAUCUUUGGAAUUUGUUCCCUCUGAAAAACAGCUAGCAGAUAUACUCACCAAGGCCUUGGACUUUCAGAAACAUGGUACACUGAGGCAAUCCAUUGGCCUUUGUUCCAUUGAUUGA